AUGGAUCACCUGCUGCUGCUGCUGUGGAGCUCAGGAGUCCGAGCUAAAGGGAAACACAAUUCAGCAGAGUUUGAUGAUGUCAGGCUGGUGGGAGGAGCCAGUCGCUGUGCAGGAACACUAGAGACGAAACAUCUGGGAGAAUGGAGACCAGUGGUUUACUUUAACUGGACCCUGAAUGCAGCAGCUGUUGUCUGUGAACAUCUGGAUUGUGGCUCUGCUCUUACUUUUGGACGGAGACCCCAGCACCCCCUGAUCUCUCCAGACUCUGUCAGGCUGCUGAAUGGUUCCAGUCUGUGUUCAGGCAGACUGGAGGUGAAGUCUAACCAGAGCUGGUCCUCAGUGUGUGAAGCUGACUUUGACCAGCAGGAUGCAGAGGUGGUCUGUAGGGAGCUUGGCUGUGGGCCUCCUUCGGUUCUCCAGGGGGCGCUGUAUGGAGAAGUGGAGGCUCCGGUGUGGAGCAGAGAGUUCCAGUGUGGAGGCCAUGAGUCUGCUCUCCUGGACUGUAGAAGCUCAGGCUCAGCUAGAAGCAGCUGCUCACCUGGCAAAGCUGCUGGACUCACCUGCUCAGAACCUGUCAGGUUGGUGGGAGGAGCCAGCCGCUGUGCAGGUACAUUAGAGGUGAAACAUCUGGGAGACUGGAGACCAGUGGAUGUCCCUCACUGGACCCUUAAGGAAUCAGCUGUUGUCUGUGAACAUCUGGAUUGUGGUUCUGCUGUUUCUGUAGGAUGGAAAGAGGCCGCUGGAAUGAAUCUGGUGUCAGUACACUCUGACUGUGUUAAAUCUGGAUCUAGUAUAAAGGAGUGUAUAACACUGAGCCCAUUUUCCUCCAUGAUGAAGCUCUACUGCACAGACUCUGUCAGGCUGCUGAAUGGUUCCAGUCUGUGUUCAGGCAGACUGGAGGUGAAGUCUAACCAGAGCUGGUCCUCAGUGUGUGAAGCUGACUUUGACCAGCAGGAUGCAGAGGUGGUCUGUAGGGAGCUUGGCUGUGGGCCUCCUUCGGUUCUCCAGGGGGCGCUGUAUGGAGAAGUGGAGGCUCCGGUGUGGAGCAGAGAGUUCCAGUGUGGAGGCCAUGAGUCUGCUCUCCUGGACUGUAGAAGCUCAGGCUCAGCUAGAAACAGCUGCUCACCUGGCAAAGCUGCUGGACUCACCUGCUCAGAACCUGAUGUCAGGUUGGUGGGAGGAGCCAGCCGCUGUGCAGAAACACUGGAGGUGAAACAUCUGGGAGACUGGAGACCAGUGGAGGGCUCUGAUUGGAUGAUCAAAAAAUCGGCUGUUGUCUGUGAACAUCUGGAUUGUGGCUCUGCUGUUUCUGUAGGAUGGAGAGAGGAGUCCUCACCCUUGGCUGUGUGGGUGAUCAGACAUGACUGUGUUCAGUUUGGAUCUGCUCUGAGGGACUGUGCAGCAUCAAAUUACUCUUCUUCCAUCAUGAAUAUCACCUGCUCAGACUCUGUCAGGCUGCUGAAUGGUUCCAGUCUGUGUUCAGGCAGACUGGAGGUGAAGUCUAACCAGAGCUGGUCCUCAAUGUGUGAAGCUGACUUUGACCAGCAGGAUGCAGAGGUGGUCUGUAGGGAGCUUGGCUGUGGGCCUCCUUCGGUCCUCCAGGGGGCGCUCUAUGGAGAAGUGGAGGCUCCGGUGUGGAGCAGAGAGUUCCAGUGUGGAGGCCAUGAGUCUGCUCUCCUGGACUGUAGAAGCUCAGGCUCAGCUAGAAGCAGCUGCUCACCUGGCAAAGCUGUUGGACUCACCUGCUCAGAGUUUGAUGAUGUCAGGCUGGUGGGAGGAGCCAGUCGCUGUGCAGGAACACUGGAGGUGAAACAUCGGGGAUUAUGGAGACAAGUGGACUACUCUGACUGGACCAUGAAGGCAGCAGCUGUUGUCUGUGCACAUCUGGAUUGUGGCUCUGUUCUUACUUUCAAAUGGAGAGUGCAGACCCACACAUCUGUGUGGAAGAUUAAUCCAGACUGUGUUCAGUCUGGAUCUAGUCUGAUGGCGUGUGCAACAUUAUUACAUGAUUCUGUUCUAAUUGUGGAUCUCAACUGUUCAGACUCUGUCAGGCUGCUGAAUGGUUCCAGUCUGUGUUCAGGCAGACUGGAGGUGAAGUCCAACCAGAGCUGGUCCUCAGUGUGUGAAGCUGACUUUGACCAGCAGGAUGCAGAGGUGGUCUGUAGGGAGCUUGGCUGUGGGCCUCCUUCGGUCCUCCAGGGGGCGCUCUAUGGAGAAGUGGAGGCUCCGGUGUGGAGCAGAGAGUUCCAGUGUAGAGGCCAUGAGUCUGCUCUCCUGGACUGUAGAAGCUCAGGCUCAGCUAGAACCAGCUGCUCACCUGGCAAAGCUGUUGGACUCACCUGCUCAGAGCCUGUCAGGCUGGUGGGAGGAGCCAGUCGGUGUGCAGGUAUACUGGAGUUGAAACGUCUGGUGGAAUGGAGACCAGUGGAUUACAUUGACUGGACCCUGAAGGCAGCAGCUGUUGCUUGUGAACAUCUGGACUGUGGCUCUGCUCUUACCUUUGGAUUGAGACUGCAAAACUCCACAUUUGUGUGGAAGAUUAAACCAGACUGUGUUGAUUCUGGAUCUGCUCUGAUGGAGUGUGCAACAUCAGAUUAUUCUCCUUUCAUCCUGGAUUUCACCUGUUCAGACUCUGUCAGGCUGCUGAAUGGUUCCAGUCUGUGUUCAGGCAGACUGGAGGUGAAGUCUGACCAGAGCUGGUCCUCAGUGUGUGAAGCUGACUUUGACCAGCAGGAUGCAGAGGUGGUCUGUAGGGAGCUUGGCUGUGGGCCUCCUUCGGUCCUCCAGGGGGCGCUGUAUGGAGAAGUGGAGGCUCCGGUGUGGAGCAGAGAGUUCCAGUGUGGAGGCCAUGAGUCUGCUCUCCUGGACUGUAGAAGCUCAGGCUCAGCUAGAAGCAGCUGCUCACCUGGCAAAGCUGUUGGACUCACCUGCUCAGAGCCUGUCAGGCUGGUGGGAGGAGCCAGUCGGUGUGCAGGUAUACUGGAGUUGAAACGUCUGGGGGAAUGGAGACCAGUGGAUUACAUUGACUGGACCCUGAAGGCAGCAGCUGUUGCUUGUGAACAUCUGGACUGUGGCUCUGCUCUUACCUUUGGAUGGAGACUGGAGAACUACACAUCUGUGUGGAAGAUUAAACCAGACUGUGUUGAUUCUGGAUCUGCUCUGAUGGAGUGUGCAACAUCAGAUUAUUCUCCUUUAAUCCUGGAUCUCACCUGUUCAGACCUGCUGGUUCAGCCAAUCAUUUCUUUGUCCUCCAUGGACGGGGUCUCCGAGGGGCAGCAGGGGCUUCUGGUGUCCAGAAGCUCCAACUUCACCAUCAGCUGCUCCAUCCAGCCACAGUACCCAGGAGGCUCCUUCCACCUCACCUUUAACAAAGUAUACAAAUACACACAGGCAGCUGUCAAUCACUCUGCACACUUCCUGUUUCCUGCAGCAGAGCCCGCCCACCAAGGAAGUUACAGCUGUGUUUAUGACGUCUACGUUUUUUCCCAUAACUUCUCCUCUGAGAGCCGCCUGCUGUCUGUCACUGUCUCAGAGUUUGAUGAUGUCAGGCUGGUGGGAGGAGCCAGUCGCUGUGCAGGAACACUGGAGGUGAAACAUCGGGGAUUAUGGAGACAAGUGGACUACUUUGACUGGACCAUGAAGGCAGCAGCUGUUGUCUGUGCACAUCUGGAUUGUGGCUCUGCUCUCACUUUCGGACGGAGACCCCAGCACCCCACAUCUGUGUGGAAGAUUAAACCAGACUGUGUUGAUUCUGGAUCUGCUCUGAUGGAGUGUGCAGCAUCAGAUUAUUCUUCUAGAAUCCUGGAUCUCACCUGUUCAGACUCUGUCAGGCUGCUGAAUGGUUCCAGUCUGUGUUCAGGCAGACUGGAGGUGAAGUCUAACCAGAGCUGGUCCUCAGUGUGUGAAGCUGACUUUGACCAGCAGGCUGCAGAGGUGGUCUGUAGGGAGCUUGGCUGUGGGCCUCCUUCAGUCCUCCAGGGGGCGCUCUAUGGAGAAGUGGAGGCUCCGGUGUGGAGCAGAGAGUUCCAGUGUGGAGGCCAUGAGUCUGCUCUCCUGGACUGUAGAAGCUCAGGCUCAGCUAGAAGCAGCUGCUCACCUGGCAAAGCUGUUGGACUCACCUGCUCAGAGGUUGCACAUGUCAGGUUGGUGGGCGGAGCCAGUCAUUGUACAGGUAAACUUGAGAUGAAACAUCUGGGAGAAUGGAGACCAUUGGUAGUCUUUGACUGGAGGUUGAUAACAGCAGCUGUUACCUGUGAACAUCUGGAUUGUGGCUCAGCUGUUUUCAGAGAAGAAAGCUCUGAGUCUCCACGCAGACCUGUAUGGAAAAUCACAGCUGAGUGUGUUCUGAGUCGAUCUUCUCUAAAGGAGUGUGUAACAUCACAGGAAUCAUAUGUCGACACAAAAAUUAACUGUUCAGACUCUGUCAGGCUGCUGAAUGGUUCCAGUCUGUGUUCAGGCAGACUGGAGGUGAAGUCUAACCAGAGCUGGUCCUCAGUGUGUGAAGCUGACUUUGACCAGCAGGCUGCAGAGGUGGUCUGUAGGGAGCUUGGCUGUGGGCCUCCUUCGGUCCUCCAGGGGGCGCUCUAUGGAGAAGUGGAGGCUCCGGUGUGGAGCAGAGAGUUCCAGUGUGGAGGCCAUGAGUCUGCUCUCCUGGACUGUAGAAGCUCAGGCUCAGCUAGAAGCAGCUGCUCACCUGGCAAAGCUGUUGGACUCACCUGCUCAGAGGUUUAUCAUGUCAGGUUGGUGGGAGGAACCAGUCAUUGUACAGGUACACUUGAGCUGAAACAUCUGGGAGAGUGGAGACCAGUGGAAGUCUCUGACUGGAGGUUGAAGACAGCAGCUGUUUUCUGUGCACAUCUGGAUUGUGGCUCAGCUAUUCUCACAGAAAAAGGCUCUGAGUCUCCAUACAGACCUGUAUGGGAAAUCAACGCUGAGUGUGUUCAGAGCCAAUAUUCUCUAAAGGAGUGUUUAACAUCACAGGGAUCACAUUUCGACACAAAACUUAAGUGUUCAGACUCUGUCAGGCUGCUGAAUGGUUCCAGUCUGUGUUCAGGCAGACUGGAGGUGAAGUCUAACCAGAGCUGGUCCUCAGUGUGUGAAGCUGACUUUGACCAGCAGGAUGCAGAGGUGGUCUGUAGGGAGCUUGGCUGUGGGCCUCCUUCGGUCCUCCAGGGGGCGCUCUAUGGAGAAGUGGAGGCUCCGGUGUGGAGCAGAGAGUUCCAGUGUGGAGGCCAUGAGUCUGCUCUCCUGGACUGUAGAAGGUCAGGCUCAGCUAGAAGCAGCUGCUCACCUGGCAAAGCUGUUGGACUCACCUGCUCAGAGCCUUUCAGGUUGGUGGAAGGAGUCGGUCGCUGUGAUGGAACACUGGAAAUUAAACAUGUAGGAGAGUGGAGACCUGUUGGUAACUAUGAUGAGACAAUGAAGAGAGCAGCUGUUUACUGUGAAUAUCUGGACUGUGGUUCUGUGACUUCUGUACGAAAGAGACGUUACUCCAAGCCUGUCAGGUUGGUGGGAGGAGCCAAUCGCUGUGAUGGAACACUGGAGAUGAAAAUGGGAGUGUGGAGGUCUGUGGAAUUUGAAGAGUGGACCCUGAAGGAAGCAGCCACCUUUCUGGAUCUGCACUGA